AUGCAGCAUAAAUCAUACCAUUCUAGUGUUUUUGGCUUUGUCAUCGGUAUUCUUUUUACCACAUGGCUAUUGUCAAAUCGAGGAAGCCAAACACCAACAGUAUCUACUAGUUCUACUACGUCCACCACAUCCCAAGCAGUUAAAUCAACGACAUUAGCGUCUGUGAAGUUCCCCAUCGAUAACACAAACAUAGCUCGGUUUUAUGAUGAAUAUUAUAAGUAUUACGAAUUAAAUAAAGAAUGGAUGAAAAAAUCAUUUCUCGGUGUUCACUUUCUACAAAACCCGAACGAUGCUAUUACGAUUGCUGAAAUAUUACAUGAUCAAAACAUUGAUCUGGUCAUCGAGACAGGUUCAUAUCGAGGAGCGGCCGCUCUCUUUUUUGCUUCGAUUAUGUAUCAAUAUCGUUACAAUGCGAGUGAAAAGAGUAUCCGACCAUUCAGAAUCGUGACCAUGGAUAUCAAUCCCGAAGCUCAGACCUAUAUCGAUCGAUAUCCACUUCUCGCUCGCUACAUCACAUUUAUUCCACAUGCGAGCGUGUCCGAAAAAGCAAAGUCAAUCGUAAAUAGAACUUUUACCGAAUUGAAACCCUCAAAUGUGUUUAUAUCGCUCGAUGGUGAUCAUUAUGCUCAAGCUGUUUACGAAGAGUUGCUCUACUAUCAGCAGUACGCACUGAAUAUCGGUAAUUAUAUUCUUGUGCAAGACACCCGUCUAUCAAGCAAAUGGCAUACGUUAUAUUGCUCCGCGUCAAAAUACGAUGGACCUUGUAAUGGACCACACGAAGGUCUGAAUUGGUUCUUGAAAAACGAAGGCCAAGGACGGUUUGCUAUAGAUCACGGCAAGGAAUAUUUAUUUAGUACACAUCAUAAAGGAUGGGUGAAACGUACUGCAUAG